AUGCCAAAAUGCCGACAAUGUCUCAACACCAGACUCACCGGUCGCCCUCAAGAAAGCCAACAACUCGUCAAAUACCGACCAGGCGCCGCUCCUCGAAUGAUCAUCACAUCCGCAGGCUUCGUCGGUACAUACAACCAAAAGUUUGUUCACCAACAUCUACCCAAUGUCUUCCACGAGGCAAGAAAUCGGGGCGAUCGAGUGGUGCAUGGAAUGGAGUGGUUUCAACAACAAUUGCAAUUUGUCGGUAGCCCUGUGUAUAUAGGGGGUGCAAUAGACUGGGUCCUUAGCCGCGUGCAGCUCUAUCAGAACUUGUGUCCGUUUCAAGGCACUACUUUCGGUGAUCCGCGUCCCGUGAAUCUCUUUGGGCGGUACUUGGAAAUAAUCCAGAACCCCGGCACAAAUAAUGCGAGGUUGAAUAGAGCAUUGAAUGAUGUUGUUGAGCUAUUUAACGCCGUGGCGAUUGUUCUUCGAACUGAUAUAGGAUUCGCCUUUAGCGAACGGCUACUGCUUGACUAUUGCGAGGCAGCUCAGAGAUUGAUUCCUUGGACAUCAUUUUUCGAUCCUAAUUCCAUUUUCGAUAUAAUAAGGGCCGCAUAUGAGCUCAGUGAGCGGGAUUUAAAUGUCAUUGAUCAACUGCGAAAGGGUUUGGGGCCGUGGGAAAUAAGUACCGCUCGUACGGAUGCAGCGGCCGCAUACCAGUGGAAGGGAGAUUUUCUGGCAAGGGAUAUUGCGCUUUAUAUAUGA